AUGGUUGCCCUUAAUAAAAAUUUAUUAAACUUUUUAUCUACUUUCAAAAGGGAAUCAAAAAACGAUGAACAUACACAUGAGUAUUUAGAUGAUAAAAUUGAAAAUACUAAAUGCGAAAAAGAAUAUAAUACCUUAUUGGAAUGUUUAGAUAGAUUUGAUAGAAACUGGGGAAAGUGUCAAGAAGAAUUAAAAGUAUUCAGAGAAUGUUACAAUGAAAAUAAUAAAAUUAUAAAUUCUAGAAAAAACUAA